CACAAAGCCGACGUCUAACUACAGGUAUACAGUCGACCCCAGGAAUAGCUUGAACCAGAUCUUAGUUAAGAGCAUCUUUGUCUUGAAAGCCUUCACACGUCACCGCUUUACGUCCAGCACAAAACGAUCAACACACUCUAUUGUGGUCGAACCUAACUAGGGACAUGCCAACAAGCGAUCACGACCUUAUGAUUAUCUUACCGGUCCAUGCGUUCCUUCGCACCGAUCGUUUUGAUUAAAACAAGGGGGUGUUGGUCGAAAGAACGGUGUAGUGAAAGUAAAGUUCGGCGUUUGUGACGCAUGCCACAAAUGCGUAGGUUACCAUCGCAUAAUAUCACGACCAGUUGACGCACAAACGGACGUUUAAUCAAUGGUGUUUUGUUUGCGGGAAUAUUGAGUUAUGCCGUCUGGAAAAGGGACGAACCCUCCCUGAGAUUCAGAACCAGUUACGUGGCACAACACGUCAUGUAUCCCAACAAUCCCCGGGGCUUUCACGUUAAAUAUGUUGAGUCUUUUUGUAAGCGACAAAAGAAAGUGAUGACAAAGGUUGAAUAAAGGUACAAAUAUGCGGUGUAGUGUGAGAUAAUCAAAUUGGGUGCCUGUGACCUCAAGUGACUGUCGCGAAGGUCAAAGAGGAGGCGGUAACAAGCUUUUAGGAUUCCUCGGCUGCGAUCAGAUUAUCCCCCAAAGAGACUGAGGAAAGGUGCGGUAAUCUCAUUUCCUUUGUUCUGUAUAAAAAUAAUCGACUUGGACGUUGUAAGGGGUAUUUAUAAAAGCCGGAACAACAUCGGACGUAAACAAAAAGUCAUUAAGGAAAGAAAAGUGAACUGUAAACAUGGUUAUAUUUGACAAUGGUGAAAAAUGCUUAUAUUAGGCAGUGGCGUCGUGAGUCGGCUGGUUUGACGCAUUUCUGCACAAAAGUAGCGAAGACAAAUUCAUUUCUAUAUUUGAUCGAAUUGAGUACUGUAAAUGUAUUUAGUUUCGCAGUGGUUUUAUUUCGUGGGAGAGAAAAUGGCGUUUUGCGCGGUGUAUUAACUUCGCGAUUACAAGCAAUUCUGUAUUACAGUAGAACCGCUAAAGACCUAUAGUUUUAGUCCAGUAUAGAUAGUUGAUAUUGGUACCUGAAGCAAUUGUUGUGCAAUAAACUAUCUAUAGUAUUGUGCUGACUUAAUCAUAAUUUCCCAGAACGGCCUUUAAAGAAAACUUGCAAAGGUUGUGUUGACUAAGCGAAAACAUUACCCUCCUAUUUCAAAAUAAGGUCGACUCUUCCGAUCUACCUUGCUGAAGCGUACAGGACGGGCCCAUUCGCAAAUUUGGGGAGAAAUUCGAUUUUUUUGGACAGCGUCACAUUUCACCAGUACUAUAUCUGUGGAGAUGAUAGCAUUAAGCAGGGGAAAGGGCCACAAAGGAAUGUAAAUAAACAGCCUAAAAAUAGUUGAUAAUGGCAGGGUAGCCUUUGGAUGCCAUCAUCGUGCAUGCACGUGCGGUUAGCCACAUUGUUGGAGAGUGUGGCGGCUGCGGUCAGGACUAAGAGAACCAUGGCGUCCCCAGCCGUACGGUUGUUGCUCCUGGUGUCGGCCCUUGUCGGAGUGAAGGCCGCCCCGCCGCCCGAUGGGUGCCCGGCGCCCUGCGAGUGCCGCGGCAGUUCCGUGUACUGCAUGUGGGCGGGGCUAACCUCCGUGCCCGCCGGCAUCCCACCUGGAACUACCAUCCUCAGGCUCAACAAUAACCAGAUUUCAAACCUGCCUCCAAACGCCUUUGCCAACUUGCCCAACCUCCGCGGACUCGACCUGUCCAGGAACAAGCUAACAAACGUGUCGGCUGAGGUCUUCAAGUCGCUCACCAACUUAGAAUGGCUCUACCUUUCCAACAACGAGAUACAAUACAUCGCCCCCAACGCUUUCCUACAACAGAGGCAUCUCAAAGAUCUGUUUCUUCAAGCCAACAACUUGAUGGAAAUCCCGAGCGGAGCGCUACAAUCCUUAGGAAGUUUGACGUUGUUGGAUUUAAGCGAGAACGGUAUCAAAAACCUGACCAACGCCGCUUUCACCGGACUAGUUCGCCUGCAAACGCUGUACUUGAGUGCCAAUUGUUUCUCCCAUAUCGAGAACGGCGCUUUCUCUAGCGUGGCAAAUUUAGAGAAGCUUUAUAUCAACAAGGGCUGCCUCAUGUCCGUUCCGAUCAAAGCAUUCCAGAAUCUGAAAAAUCUACUGACACUCGAACUAGGUGUGAACGACAUAAGGGUUCUUGCCGAGGAGUCCUUCUUUGGUAUGGGGAGGCUGAAGAGACUGAGACUUAGUAACAACAAGAUAGCGCAGAUGUCUGCCGCGGCGUUUGGGGGACUAAAGGAGCUGCGAUAUCUGGACUUGAAAGCGAAUCGCUUAACUGAGCUACUUGAUGGAACAUUUAGAGCCACUCCAAGCUUGGAAGAGCUUUAUCUUUGCAUGAAUAACAUAACGGAGGUGAAGGGGACCGCUUUUCAGAAUGUACCGGGUCUGCAGAUGCUCAAGCUAGACGAUAACGCCAUACAAACAUUCCCCGCGGCCACAGUCGCUUCCCUAUCUAAUCUCCAGUCACUGGACCUCUCCGGGAAUCCGCUGAAAUGCGAUUGUUUCUUGCGACCGUUGCGAAAAUGGCUCGACGAUGCUUCAGCUGAGCUCGCCAUGAGAGAACAGACUACCUGCACGACGCCUGUGGAAUUCCUCGGCGCCAGGGUAGAUGUGAUCCCGCCGGAAAACUUCACGUGUCCCGGUGGAGACCCUCCGGGCUACGGUCUCCAGGACCAAGUCAACCCAAAAGCAGCGUCGACUCCAACCACUCGACAAAUGACGUCAUCAACACCCCGUGACGUCAACCCUAACUGGAAUUCGAAGUUCUCUCACUCAGCUGACAGUUCUACAGAGCUAGAAAACCUCUCCGGCAUGCAGGCAGAAGAGAGUAAAGAGAUAGAGCUCGGGCAGGAACUGAGGGAAGAAAUGAAGGUACAGAUGGAUGAGAUGAAGGGGGUGCUAGGCUCUGUUCUGGAGAAGCUGUCGGCUCUGGAGGACACCGUCGCCGCCUGUGCCCAGCCCAGCAGGACCGUGGUGCUGAAGGGCCUUCGGGUCGAGUUCGACGAAGUCGCAGAAAACUGAUUUUAGAUCUCUUAUACCAUGGUGGUUUGACUACCGGUACUUAGCCAAAUAAUUCACUUCUAAUACAGGCCGUUUCUUAUACGUGAACCUGUAUAUUGAAUUAAGUGUCCUUUUUCUUUACAAGUUUGUUCUGAAGAAUUUCAUAGGGUAUCUAAACGUUCUGACUUCCAGUGCCACUAAAACGGGAUUGAAAAAAAUCUGUCACUUUAUCAUGUGUUAAAAUCACACCAUAUAUUUUUUAUUAAAAAAAGCCAAAUAUUUUUGGGAAAAGUCAUCUACACACGAUUAAGAUGUCAUUUUGUUUGACAAAAGUUCAUAUUUGGUGCUAUAAAAU